AUGUACGAGCCGAAGUGUACAGUGGCGGUUGAUGAACUGGAGUCCUGGGUGGAGCUGAACUCUGGUGGGCUCAGUGGUGCGGAGAAUGAGUACAUUCGACUCCUGCGCGAGGCGCAGAGGGAGAGUCGCGACUCGUCCGUCCGACAUUCCAGGGCCUCCAGCAUGAAGGGAAGUCCGAAAUCGCCUCCCAACAGUCCCAACUUAGAACCGUCCACUGAAGAUGAGCUCAAGGGCGUCUACAUCAACUGCUGGAGGGACGACUCCAACGACUGGGUUUGGGAGUGGAGCAGCCGGCCGGACCAGAUGCCGCCAAAGGACUGGCGGUUCAAGCACCCCGUGAACGCGCGCGGUCCACCUUCGGCCACUUCAUCCAUCGAAGUGUUGGAGCAACAGGCUAACAUGCAGCAGAGCCACUGUCUGUCCGUCCGUCGUACGCGCCGGUAUUGGCGUGUGGCUGAGCAAAAAAGGUAUGCUCCCACCCAGAUUGAUCAUCAUCAACUGAAAGAAAAGAAAGAAAGACUGAUACGCUGGAUACAUUCAGAUUGUAAAGUUUAG